AUGCGUGUGUCCAUAUCAUCUUAUCUGAAUCCAUUGAUCAUGCAGGUGGUGGUGGGUGUUACUGUGUUUAUAAGUGUGACCAUAUCAUCUUAUCUGAAUCCAUUGAUGAUGCUGUACCUAGUUACCGUGACAGUAGUGCUAGGUGUGCUGUCGUAUAUGGGAGUAUCGCUAGACAAAACGACCAUCUCCAGGGCCAAGCGGUUCGGCGCGAAGAAGUGGACGUAG